AACAUAAACGUCCAGAGUCAAAAUUUCUCCUCUCUGUGCUGCUUAAUUAUGCCCAAUACACAGAUACUACUUCACUAAGUCUCCGGCACCGGAUCAACGCUGCUGUAGAAUUUUCCGGCAAUGGGGGUUUCGUUUAAGGUUUCCAAAACCGGUGCAAGGUUUCGGCCCAAACCAGUACAUCCCGACACCGAAGAACAUGACGACGUCGCUCUUCGAGCUAACAAAGAAAGGAAUUCAGUUCUUCCACAAAAUAAAUCCAAUUCCGCAUCGACUGGAAGGCUCACGGGUGCGGUUGUUCAUGGAAGCAAGGAUGUUACCACAGUACCUGAUAAUGAAGUUUCCUUCACAUUGUGCCUUUUCCUGGAUGGAUAUUCUAUUGGGAAGCCCUCUGAGAUGCAGAAUGAAUAUGGGCAUCAAGCCUCUGAAAAUGUUCCGAAAUUAUUGCAUCCAUAUGAUAGAGCAUCUGAAACUCUCUUUUCAGCAAUUGAGUCUGGACAUCUGCCAGGCGAUAUUUUGGAGGAUAUACCUUGCAAAUAUGUUGACGGAACUCUAGUCUGCGAGGUGCGAGAUUAUCGGAAGUGCUUCCCUGAAGUUGGACAAAAUGCGCCUUCAGCCACUAGUUGUCCCAUUAUUAACAGAGUAUGUCUAAAAAUGUCUCUUGAAAAUGUGGUGAAGGACAUUCCAUUGAUUUCAGAUAGUGCUUGGACAUAUGGUGAUAUGAUGGAAGUCGAAUCCCGGAUAUUAAGAGCCCUACAACCACAACUCUGCUUAGACCCCGCCCCAAAGUUAGAAAGCCUCUGCAACAACAAAGCUUCCUCAAAGUUGACAUUGGGUAUAGGCAAUCUAAGGAGGAAAAGACUGAGGCAGCUUCCAGAUGUGAUUGUCAUGUCUAAUGAUAAGAUCCAUGGAAAAAAUAUUUGCAUUGAUAGAGUGCCAGAAAGUUCAAGGUCCGGAGAUACUGGACAGCUUCUGCCGCAGCCUGCUCAUGAGAAUCUGAACCGACAAAAUAAUGGACCAACCAAUAUGUUGGCACUAAGAAGUAACAGUUUUGGGUCUGAGACCUCUAUUCCAGCAUCGCCUUCGGUACCUCAGCAACCAAAGUAUCCAAUGGGGGUUGUGAGUCCAAGAAUCAUGCAGGACCAUAGGUCAGGAGUUUUAAAUGCAUCAGUAGCUUCUCCUGCUGCGCCAGAAAUGAUGCUUUCAUAUGCGGAUGCGAUGAGCUCUGGUGCUGCUUCUUUACAUGGUAAGAGAGAGAAUCAUGAUGGCCAAGCAUCUCCCCUGUCCAAUAUAAACAAGAGGGCAAGGUUUACACAUAUGAGUGCUGAUUCCAAUCAACAGCAACUUAUAGGAGGACAAAUAGAUGGCUCUCAUGCUCCAGAUUUGCACUGGAAAAAUUCCUUAUUACAGCAACAUUCAGUUCCCAGGGGAAUUCCAUAUGCUAAUACAAACAUGCAAAAGUAUCCUCAACAAAUUUUUGAAGGGGGUCUGAACCAGGAAGCUGGAACAAUGCCAUUCACUGCAGGACAGCAAGGAAUAAAGUAUAACUUAAAGGAAGAGCCUGCUGAGAUAGAGAGAUUGGACAAAUUAGAGCCAGGAAGGACUAAAAAUGAGAUGCAGAUGGUGGAAUCGGAUAUGAACCUUAUGGAAUCCCAGCAGGCCCGACUAAAGCAGAGAAUGACGCAGCAGUUUACGCGGUCUGGUUUUCCUCAGACACCCUGGAAUGGCCUUGGUCAGCCUCUUGAAAACAAUCUUCGGAAAGAAGACCCAUUCCAGAACAGGAAAAUAGUGCAAAGUCCUCGUGUAUCUGCAGGAGGCUUGCCUCAAUCUCCUUUAUCCUCUAAGUCUGGAGAGUUUUCUAAUGGUUCUGUAGGAGCUCAAUACGGUGCAGCUGUGACUAGUGGACUUAUACAAUCAAUGAAGGAGAAGCAAGGAUCCACAUCUGUUGCUCCAGCUGGUGGAACAACUUCUAUGACUUCUAGCGCCAAUGAUUCCAUGCAGCGGCAACACCAGGCUCAAAUUGCUGCAAGGCGGAGAUCCAAUUCUGUUCCUAAGACCCCCAUGAUGAGCGGAGUUGGUUCUCCUGCCAGUGUCAGUACCAUGAGUCUUCCAAUAAAUGCAAGCAGUCCUCCCGUAGGAUCUACACACUCAGCUGACCAAAUCAUACUUGAAAGGUUCUCCAAAAUUGAAAUGCUGACAACUAGGUUUCAACUUUAUCCCAAAAAGAGCAAGGUCGAGGAAUAUUCUAGCAGGAAGCCAAAUGUCUUUCCUACUCAGCAGCUGCAUGUUCAUCUUUCUAAUGAUUCAAACAAUGAGAACGUCAAAGAUGAAUCCUGCAAAAUGUCAUUGUCAAAAUCAUUAGUAGGUGGCAGUACAAAUGUUUGCAAAAGAAGAGUCUUGGAUUUUCUGCAGACAGAGCGCGUUCUUCAAGGAAAUGGUUAUUCAUGUGUUCCUAAGGCGCGGACUAGAAUGGUCUUGUCAGAAAAGCCAAAUGACGGUACUGUGUCAAUGCUUAUUGGAGAAAUAGAAGAGGUCGAAUACACAAAUGUUGAGGAGCACCUCCCAACGCUGCCGAAUACUCACUUUGCAGACUUGCUUGCUGCACAGUUUUGUUCACUGAUGGCACGUGAAGGAUUCCUUGUGGAAGAUCAUGUCCAACCUAGACCAAUCAGCAUGAAUCGUGCUUCAAGUAGUCAAACUAACAUGCCAGGAAUGCCACCAAAUGGGUCAGUAGCUGAUCUGCAGCAAUACUCCGAAGGGGUCUCUGGUCAGUUGUCUAAUGAGCUUGCAAGGCCCUCUAACGGUAUUAAUUCAUCAAUAAAUUCACCCCAGAACAUGCAAGGCCAGAGAGUACUGCCUUCCGGAAAUGCUCAAGCAUUACAGAUCUCUCAAGGACUCCUGACUGGGGUUUCAAUGCCUUCUAGAGCUCAACAAUCUGAUCCUUUGUCCCCUCUGCAGCAGCAGCAGCAACAACAGCAGCAGCAGAAUCAACAUCCUCUGAUACAACAGCAACAUCCACAGUUACAAAGAUCCCAACUAAUGCUUGCUUCAAAUCCACUUGCUCACCUAAAUACAGUUGGCCAGAAUUCAAUGCAGUUGGGUAAUCAAAUGGCUAAUAAACCAUCGGCAGUGCAACUUCAGCUAUUACAGCAGCAGCAGCAGCAGCAGCAACAACAACAACCACAACAGUUGCAGUCGCAACAAUCCCAGUCGCAGCAUCCACAGAUGCAGAGAAAAAUGAUGAUGAGCCUUAAUAAUGUAGGUAUGGGGAACAUUAGCAAUAACAUCGCGGCGCUUGGUGGCCUUAGUAAUGUUAUGGGCAUGGGAGGUGUAAGAGGAGUUGGUGGACCUGGAAUUUCAGCUCCAAUGGGAGCCAUCGCUGGCAUGGGCAAUAUAUCUCAAAACACAAUAAAUAUAAGCCAGGCUUCUAAUAUUAGUAACGCAAUCAGCCAGCAACUUCGUAGUGGUGCACUCACUCCACAACAAGCUGUUUUCAUGCAAACCAAACUGAGAAUGGCAGCACAGAACCGAACAAAUAUUUUGGGGAGCCAACAGUCAAGCUUAGGUGGUAUGACAGGAAAUAGACAAAUGCAUCCAGGCUCUACCGGUCUUUCAAUCUUGGGUUCCCUCAACCGAGGUAAUAUCAAUCCAAUGCAGCGACCAGGAAUGGGUCCAAUGGGUCCGCCAAAGCUAAUGGCUGGUAUGAAUCUUUACAUGAAUCAGCAGCAACAACAGCAACAACAACAGCAGCAGCAGCAGCAACAACAACAACAGAUACAGUUACAGCAGCAACAAAUGCAACAGCAACAAAUGCAGCAGCAGCAGCAAUUGCAGCAACAGCAGCAAGAGACAGCUUCGCCUUUACAGGCUGUAGUUUCAACUCCUCCAGUGGGCUCACCUUCAAAUCUGGCAAUCCCACAACAAAUGAACCAAAAUUCCCAGCAGCCACAGCAACAACAACAGCAACAUCAACAGGCCAGCCCACAGCAGAUGAGCCAACGAACUCCACUCAGCCCACAGCUGAGUUCAGGGGCUAUCCAUCCUAUGAGUACUGGUAAUCCAGAAGCAUGCCCAGCAAGCCCUCAGUUGAGUUCACAAACCUUGGGGUCAGUAGGUAGUAUAACCAAUUCUCCAAUGGAACUACAAGGUGUGAACAAGAGUAAUUCCAUUAAUAAUGCCUAAUUGAGAUGUAAGCUUCAGCUCCUUUGAAACUGUAGGGGCAAUUGCUAUAUCAUCCCUGCCAUGUCUAUGUAUACAUCUGGUCAGGUUACCGUGAAGAUGAAACAAAAUGGUGCCUCUGGCCAGUGCUGGUUGAACGGAUGUCUUUGUAGGUUGUGGAACAUGGAUUGUCUGGUUUGAUGGAAUCCCAAAACGGAAACCAGAGAGGGCUUUGAAACGUGCAAAUUAUACACACGCUCUAAUAUUGAUCUGUGAUUAGCUGGUAGAGCCACUAUUAUUCUAGGUUUAUUCAUAUGUUUUGGGUUAUUCUAUAUGAGACGGAUAAUUGAAAUUGUCUGAAUCUGUCGUGAUUAAUCAUACUGUUGUUCAAUAUGAUCCUUGGUAGCAGAUUGUAGUUCAUAUCAUAACCAGUGAUCUAUAAGGAUAUAACUCCAGUCUUGCAUGAAGGCAAUGUCAUAGUUGUAAUCUGUUGGUUGAUAAACGUGUAAAUGAGUACAAUGUUUAUGUGUAUACAGUUUCUUAUUUUCCUGGUAAAAGAAUUAUAGUUGGACCAGA